UCGAUUUUAUGCAGCCAGCACCAGUUGGGAAUUUUAGUUCAUAUCGGAAGGGUGUUUAAUCUUGCACGUGUCGAAAAAAAUGGCGUUUUUUUUUUUUAAUAACCUAAUUUAAUUGUAAAGCGAAUGUCAUUGCUUUUAGUCGAGUUCACAGUUUUGAUGGGGUCGCAUAGCAUAAAUGGGCGCUGCGAAUGCCCGUCUGAAGUGCACGGGUCAAAGUUCGAUGAGAUUUCCAGCAGUCGCUGUCCCGCGACGCACAGUAUUUGAAUAGCAUUUGCUGCGAUCGGUUGUGCUCGGGCCACAUAUAUCGGGAUCAUGUUGGUGCUAAUCCUCUUGGCGCUGCUCGCAGCGCAGACUGAGCUGGUCGGCGGCCUGGAGUCGGGCUCACUGCUGCUGGACUUGACCCAGCUGGCGGCGGGCAAUGUCACGCGAGGGACGACAACCUGUGUGGAGCAGCUGCGAGCGCUUCAUAACGCCUGGCAGCAGGGGCACAGCUGGGCGCUAAAAGCUUUCGAUGCGUCCGGCAGCGGUUAUCACAAUUUGAUGUUGGGCAACAGCCUUUGGCUGGGCAAUCGCUGGACCUGUCGCGCCCUCAACGAGCAGCUGCUGCAGGAGUUUACCCAGCGCCAGGAGCAGCUGCUGCGCCAGCGGGCGCCCUUUGCCCACGAUUAUCGUGUGGUCUAUCUGCAUGCCAAUUCGCCCUGGCAGCUGGCUCUGACCGUCAAGCAGCCGCCGCUGCUGCACAUCGGCCUCUGCGUGCCGCGCAGCUGUGAUCAGCCGCAGCUGGAGCAGCUGCUGCGCCAGUCGCUGCGGCACUUGGAACGCCUGGCGCUGCGGCCCGAGCUGGUGUACACCAAGCAGCCGGAGGCGACUGGCAGCUACUUUGCCGGUCCGGCCUUUCGCUGGCUACUGCUGCUGCUGUCGGCCAGCCUGCUGCUGCUGUUGCUCGGCCGCAGCCGCUUGGCCGGCACCAGCCGGUACGUUGCCUGCUUCGAUGUGGCCACCAACUGGCGGCGUCUGUGGCAGCCGCCCGCGGCGGACCACACGCCCGAAAUCGCCGUCAUCAAUGGACUGCGCGUCUGCAGCGCCAGCGUUCUGCUCGGCGUUCAUGUGGUCUGGUAUCAGUUCUUUUCGGUGCAUCAUUCAGCGCAGCUGGCCGCCAAGCUGACCGAGCUCGCUUACCUGGCGGGCGCAUUGGAGGUGUUCUUUGUCGUCAGCGGCUUUCUGACCGUCUCUAACUUCAUGCGGAACGACGCACUGCAGCGCUCCAUUGCGUCGGACACGCUGGGCGGCAAUGUGCGGCGCUUUGGGCGUCAGCUGGCGCAACGGUAUCUGCGUCUGGCACCGCUGCAGUUGAUCGUCGUGCUGCUGUCCGUGCUGAGCUUCGGCUAUCAUCGGGAGAUGUCGGUUUUCCAUCUGAUCGAGCCGUUGGAUGAGCUCUGCGAGCGGCAUUGGUGGCGCAAUUUGCUCUUUGUCCAGAAUCUGUAUCCAAACAAGGAGAUGUGCUGCAAUUGGACCUGGUCCCUGGGCUGCGAUAUGCAGUUCCACAUUAUGGCCAUGCUGCUGCUCUACAUGCACACGAGAUAUCCACAGCUCGUGCGGCGUCUGGUGCUGAUGCUGCUUUUGGCCAAUGUGCUGUACACGGUGCUGUUGCAGAUCGUGCUCGAUGUGCCCACCACAUUCGAGGCCCUGUACGGCAUCGGCGAUUGGCUGUACACGAAUCCUCUGGUGCGCAUGCUCGCCUACCUCAUCGGCGGUAUUUAUGGCUAUGCGCAUGCGCGCGGCUUGGUCGAACCUUUUGUUGCCCUGUUUCCCAACAAGCUGGCCAAGUGUGCCCUCGCUGGCGUAGCCGUAUGGCUGGCCAGUCGGUUGCAGGUCCUGCAGCUGGCCAGUCCGGCUCUGGUGGGCUGCGGCUUCGUGCUGCUGCGUGGAGCAAUAUCCACGGCGACGGCGCAUCUCAUUUGGUGCAGCUUUCGCAUAGAUGGGUGCACGAGGGUUACGCGUUGGCUGGUGCAUUUUCUAGAGUUGGAUUGGUUUCAGCGUCUCAACCGCCUGAGCUAUGCAUUAUAUUUACUGAACCCCCUGAUCAUACUUAAUUUAUACUACUCUCUCAGCGAUGCAAUUCCAGCGGAUGUUGGCCUUUUGGCAAGUUUGGCUAUUGGCAUUGCCUUUUUACCACUUGUUAACGUUGUUUUUAUUACAGAUCUACCUGUGCGUGGCACAUUUGGUUAUAGUUUUAGUAUUCUCUGUUCCGUUGACUCUGUUCUUCGAGCUGCCCUUUAAUAGGCUGUCAAAUCUAUUGCUAGCAUCAAAAAUUGCAAAUGGUAAAGAAGCUUAAAUAAUAUUUGUUUUGGUUUAUUUUUGUUGCCCG